GGAAGCCUGUUUUAAUUUCUCUACUCCUCAUAGACAUAUAUAUACACCAAAAUGUAUAUCCUAUGAUCAACCAAACAUAUCACAAGAUCCUCCCCACUUGUAUUUUCUAGGCUGCCCACCUCAUAUUCUUCCCUAGAUAAAAUCAAAGUCAUAUGCUAGAGUUCUUGUUCAGUAUAGUGGAAUGAAGGAUGAAUCCUUACUACCAAACUUCAUGUUCAAGCAAUGACUCAAUAACAGAACAAGAAAAUCCUACUUCUUUAGAUACACAGCCAAGUUUUCAUUCAGUUCCUUCAGCCAUAUCACUAUCUCAUGAUCAGAGUUUAUCUCUUAAUCUUGGCACUCAACAUCAAUGCAUAGCUACUCUAAAGGGACAGAAUACCUAUACAUCUUCCCUUGUACUUGCUGGUAAAUUCCUUUUUACUGGCUCUUCUGAUAAAGAAAUUUGUAUGUGGAAGCAAAAAGCUCUAACUUCCACAAUAGAUGGUAUAGUUGACACAGUUAUAGCAGGCAAAGGUGCAGUUAAGUCACUAGUAAUAUUGGCUGAUAAGGUCUUUAGUGCUCAUCAAGAUCACAAAAUCCGAGCCUGGAAAAUCGAAAACCAUAAUUCAGAUGCCCCUAAUAUUGUUCAUCUAUCCACUCUCCCUUUACUUAGUGACAGAGCCCUGAAAUUUAUGAUACCAAAAAACCAUGUUAAAAUCAGGCGCCACAAGAAAUCUACAUGGGUGCAUCAUGUUGACACAGUCUCAGCACUAGCCCUUUCGAACGAUGAGUUGUUCCUCUACUCUGUUUCAUGGGAUCGAACACUUAAAAUUUGGCGAACCACUGAUUUUAAAUGCUUGGAAUCUAUAGCAAAUGCACAUGAUGACGCGAUCAACGCUCUAGCAAUAUCACAAGAGGGGGAUGUUUUUACAGGAUCAGCUGACAAUAAAAUCAAGAUUUGGAGAAGGGGAUUUGAAGAGAAAAAGCAUUCACUGGUUGGUACACUAGAAAAACAUAAAUCUGGUGUAAAUGCACUAGCAGUUGGGGAAAGCACUCAUUCUGUUUUAUAUUCGGGUGCUUGUGAUAGGUCAAUAUUAGUAUGGGAGAAGAAUGAAGGUGGUGAUAUGGUGUUAGUGGGUGCACUCAGGGGUCAUAAAAAGCCCAUAUUGUGUCUGGCUGUAGUGGCAGAUUUGGUGUGCAGUGGUUCAGCUGAUAAAACAGUGAGAGUGUGGAGAGGGGUUGAGAGAUGCUACUCUUGUCUUACUGUUAUUCAAGGACACAAUGGACCAGUGAAGUGCCUGACUGUGACAAGUGAUCAACAAAUUCCAUCUGAUACCACCUCUUCUUAUGUCCUAUAUACUGCUAGUUUAGAUGGUGAAACCAAGGUUUGGAAGAUUUUUAUUCCACUUCUAUAAAGGUUUUACUCCAUCUCUUUGAUCUUUCACCUUUGCUCCAAUGAGGGGCAUGAUGCAUCGUAUUUGUUGGCUGAUAGAUUUGUCUGAAGAAACUCAUGCUCCAGAGUUGCCAGUUCCAGAAUUCUGUAAAUUUUAUUCUGCAACUUUAGAUUGUGGGCAUAUGACCAAAAGAAGAAAAUAUCGACAAGAUUUUACCUUUUUCUUCUUUA